AUUGCCUACAUUAUUUUUUAUUUUUUUAGUUGUUAUUUCAUCUUCAUUACAUAAUGAAUCAACUCUGCCAGUCUCCAUAUCUGUUGUACAUGGUAAAAAUCCCUGUGUUUGAAUUUCUACAUUUCCUUGUAAAGAAACGAUCUUCUUGUAUUCCAAAACAGUGCCUUAUUCCAUGUCUUCAUUCCUGCCUAAGUGUGAAACUAGAUCAUAUGGGACCCAAUGUUUUAGAUUUCACAAAAGCUUUUACAGCUAUUUGGAAUAUUGUUUAUGAUAUUUUGCUACACCAUCCUGGUAUUGUUCUAUCAUCAAGGGCUGCAUAUUUAUCAUUUGUUUCAAUGCUCUUAAAAUCCAUUGUGAAAUCAGGAUCUCAAGACACCAUCUCCAACUGUGAUAAAAAUAGCCAACAUCAACUGCAGCUGUGUGCUCAAAAUAUGGAUAGACUUUUGACAGUUCUCACCAGACAUAAAAUAGAAUUAUCCAAACUAGUACCUUACCUUGUUGCUGAUUAUUUAGACAGUAUUCAAGAUAUUACUCUAGAUUCUAGCAUAAAGGUUCAUUUAAUAUCUGGUAUUAAUAGAGUACUUGAUUUAUGUACAGAAGACUCGCUGAAGAUGUUAUCUGUCAAUUUAAAUCACAGCUGCCGUGACAUGUUUUCUAAUAUUGUUAAAAAUCAUAGCCAACAUAAAUAUCAUGGAACUGUAUAGGCUUAAUGUUAUUGAUGCUUCAUUAUUGAUGUAUGAUUUUAAAUGUAAAUUAAAAGUAUUUUAUACAAUG